UUUGUUACCUUAUUCUCUGAAAUUUUAGCCAAUUUGGGGAAGCCCAUGGUGAAGUAGUAGAGCAUCUGCUCUAGAGUCACAGAGUGAGGAGUUGAUCCCUAAUAAGUCAAAAAAAAAAUAUGGAUACAUUCUAAAUUAGUGUAAAUGUCAGUUUUUAGUUCCUCUGAGCCAAAGGCUCAAAGAGCUAAUGCUAUGGCCAUUGGUGCAGUGUGCGUUAACUUUUUAGAAAAUGGGCCAUAACUCAAGAACCCCUCGGAAAUCAGUGUCAAAUUUGUCACAGGGUAUCCUUGGCCCAAGGGCUACCAUUUAUACUAAAAUAAGGGUUGGGACUCUUAAACAAGGGAAGAUAAUCAGGAAAACAAAACCAAAAGUACUGGUUGCUAAAAAAUCUUAUUCUCCAUAACCACCAGGCAGAUUUUCAUCAAACUUAAACACAAGGAUCAAUAUAUGUUGAAGAUUGAAAUUUACACGGGGAAUUACCCUGGGGCAAAGGACGUGGUCUCAAGGUCACUUCAAAGUUGACCUAAAUUAGAAUUAAUAAAAACAUUUAUAUUUUGCUUACUAUAAGGACUAGGAUCAUCAAAUCUUGUAAGUUGAUGCAUCUUAGGACUCCACAUCAUGUUAAAUCAAAAGUAGGUAACGGUGACCUACUUUUCAAAUUUUGCGGGCAUUUGUUUUCAAAUUGAUUUGAAGGCUUAUUUUGGACACUUUAAAGUCUAUGAUCAUCAAACUUUGUCAGUUGAUGCAUCUUGGGUCCUUAAACAAUGUCAACUUUAAAGUAGGUCACCGUGACCUACUCUUUGAACUUUAUGACUAAACCUUUUUAAAACAUUCAAUCCCAUUAUUUCAGACACUGAGAGGUUUAGAAUCAUCAAAUCUUGUAAGUUGAUGCAUCUUGGGACCUUAAAACAUAUUAAUGAAAAAGUAGAUCACUUUGACCUACUUUUUAAAUUUUACGGGCAUUUGUUUUCAAAUUGAAUUGAAGGCAUAUUUUGAAGACUUUAAGGCCUAUGAUCAUCAAAUUUUGUCAGUUGAUGCAUCUUGGGUCCUUAAACAACGUCAACUUAAAAGUAGGUCACUGUGACCUACUUUUUGAACUUUAUAACUAAUCCUUUUUUAAACAUUAAAUCCCAUUAUUUCAGACACUGAGAGGUUUAGAAUCAUCAAAUAUUGUAAGAUGAUGCAUCUUGGGACAUUAAAACAUAUUUGUGACAACGUCUGGCAAAAUGGGACCAGAUGCGGCGAUGACAAAACAGAAAAAAACGUCACAAACACAGCGAGUUUUGCGGAGUAGUUUUGUUUUGUUUUUUUCCCCACACAUGCUUUUCCUGUUUUUGUUUGUUGGUUCAUUACAUUAUAUCUGACAUGUCUUAUUUCAGGUAAACUGGUGUUUUCAAAAUUAAAUCUACUAUUUCCACAUCUUCAAUUAUGUAUAUACAUCCGAGUUAAAUUAAAAACAUAUCGACAUUAUCGUUAAAUUCAAACGGAUAUUAUUCAACAAACCCUGAGUACCCGGACGAUCGAAAUCGAACGGGAAAGUCCAUUGUUUUAAUUCCGAAUCAAGAAGGAUAAAUGUACCUUUGAAUAUAAUAUGUUAUCGGUAUGCUAGUUGUACAAUGAAUGUGGUGUCAAAAUAAAAAUGUUACAUCCACUCCACACCUAUCUAAGCUAGAGUCUAUUAAUAAACUAUCGCGUCGUCCAUAGUAACAGAAAUAAACAGUAGAAAGUUUAUCGUGUGCGAGAAAUAUAAACAAUGCAAUGAGUCAAGACAGUCAAUGUAGUUCUGUUCCUUCGGAAUUAACGGACUAUCAAGAUGAAGAUUUCAUCAACGAACUUCAUAUGGUUGAUGUUAUGUAUUUUGGUGCACCAGACGAGUCAUUUAAUUACGAUUCCGAGGAUGAUAUUGACAGUGAAAACGUAACUGUAAACUAUGACUCUGACGCAAGUUCAGGAUCAGAUGAAUCAGAAUCAGUUAUAAACAUUGAACCAUCGGAAGUGGAUACCAUUGAGUACAUCAAGCAAGCACAGUUUAGAAAUGAAACAUUUGGCUGUAAAGAGUUUUAAGGACAACCCUGUAGUACAACAAUAGACUUUGAUUCUCUAGUGGAAUAUAGGGAAUCAUGUAAGGAACUUUCAAGGGAAGAGUUGGACAUCGUUGUGAAAUCUCAAUUAUUUGCGCAUCGUAGAUCUGGUACACACACUGAAGCAAAAAAACACAAAGUCAAAAAAAGAGAACAUCCUUUUCAGGAAUUUUAUUUCCAUGGUAAACGUGUAUGCAGAAAAACAUUUUGUUUUUUGCAUUGCAUUGAAAAAAAGAAAAUGCUGGCCAUUGCCAAAUCUCUUGAUACAGACGGGUUGACUCCAAGAGUUCACGGAAGAGUAGGUAAAGCUCCUUCUCACAGUUGGACAUACACAGACAGAGAAAGAAUCAAAGUAUUUUUGUGUCAGUAUGCAAGAGAUAAUGCCUUCCUUUACCAGAUAGGCUACCCAACUAUAGAGAUGCAAGAGUUUUACUGCUGCCUUCGGAUAAGACAAAAGAAGACAUAUUCAAAAUAUAUGUUAAAGUUGCAGAGGAAUUCCAUCAUAAGACGAUAAGUCUAAGACCCUUUCAGAGAGUGUGGGUAGAGUUAUGUCCCCAUAUUGUCAUAACAAAACCAUGUACAGAUCUUUGCCAAAAGUGUCAGGACUUUGCCAACCAAAUUUCAAAGAGUGGUACUUUGACAGAAGAAGAAAAAUCUUUGUUAAUUGAUUUCUACAACAAUUAUGUUCAGCUGGCAAAAAUUUAUUUUAACUAGCAUUGUAAACAUUUUUUUUCAACUUAGGUAACCCACCAUUGUCAGUAAAAGGGACAUUCCAUUAUUCUUGGGACUAUGCUUAGCAAGUUCAUAUACCUCAUCAUGCUCAGCAAGUUGGACCAGAAUAUUUUAGGACACCACGCAAAUGCAAUGUUUUUGGCAUGUGCUCUGAAGGAUCAGGAAGGCAGGUAUUUUAUCUGAUUGAUGAGGCAGACAUGGUAGGCAAAGGAGCAAACAGUGUGGUCAGCAUGGUUCAUCAUUAUUUAACCUACCAUGACCAUGGUGAAGAGGAUGGACUGUUUCACUUUGACAAUUGCAGUGGACAGAACAAAAAUAACACAGUUCUGAUGUAUGCAUUGUGGAGAAUCAUGACAGGUCAUACGAAGUUUGAACCUGAUUGGCACUUUGGGGUGUGGACAUUGAAAUGGAGGAAUUCUAAUGUGGAGACUUUAUCUGAAGUUGCUGAGACUGUUGCACACUCCAGUAAGAAUGGACACAACAUUCCACAGCUCACAGAUGAUGCAGAAAAGCCUGUUGUAUUCUAUGACUGGAAAACAUACCUGCAGCAGUUUUUUAAGCCAUUAAAGAACUUGACAAAACACCAUCAUUUUGUAGUUCAUUCAGACAAGCCUGGAAAAGUAGUUCAAGAGAGGAUCUCUGGACACUCUAUUUCUGUCAAUUUAUUGAAAAAUAACAUGCAUCCAGUGAGUGGUCAACUGCCUGAAGCUAUUCCAAGUCGAGGAUUAGAUCUGAUCAGACAGUGGUAUUUGUAUGACAACAUCCGGGAAUUUUGUAAUCAGAUGUUGCUAAAGAUGUUGUUUGCCCUAAACCAAUCAAGCCAAAGCCUGAAAUUAAUUUAACAAACAAAGAGAACAGCAGGCCCAUUUCCACAAAAAGGAAACAGUCUUUGCUAAAAUAAUUUGUUUGCUGACCUAUAAUGUGUAAAAUUUUGAACAUUUCGAACCUUGUGUAUCUUCGAAUCUUCAACUGCCUUGAUUGCUUUUGCUAUGUUGAAGGGGAUUUAAACCUUUGCAUGAAAUGGAAUCUUAAAUAAUUUGUCACAAAAGAUGUAUAAUAUAUAUAUUUAUUUUUUUA